AUGCCUGUUCUGUUUGCUGAUUCUGUUUGCUGGUUCAUGAAUAUGCUCUAUGCUUCUGUUUGCUCUAUGCUCGACCAUUCUAUGGAACAAUCACAAAGUAACUCACAGCCACAAGAUAAUGCUGCUCAAAAUUCUCAAACUGGUUCAUCUAGAGGUAAAUCUGAUCCAGCUUGGCAAUAUUUUACAGUGAAUGAAAGAGAAGCGGAAGAAGAGGGUGAGGCGCCUAAUCCUGUACAACCUCCGGCUCCUGCAACAAUGGGAGACAAAGGAAAGAGAAGAGCGAUUGCUGCUACUCCAAUUGGAAGUUAUUUUAAGGAAAGGACUAUACCAGGCUCUCAACCAGCUUUGAAAAGUGUCUUGGCCAGUAAACAAGUUAAACACAAGGUUAAGUUGGGGCUUGCAAGAUGGAUCAUUGAUGCACGGAUUCCAUUCAAUGCAAUUCAAUCGCCUUACUUUCAACCUGCCUUGGACGGCGUUGAUGCAAUUGGACCUGGUUUCAAGGGACCGUCGUAUGACGAAAUGAGAGUUCAUUUGCUGGCCGAUCUUAAGAAGGAGUGUCAGUUACUUGUUGAAGGUUAUAGGAGCUCGUGGAAAAGGACUGGUUGUACACUGAUGGCAGAUGGCUGGACUGAUCAAAGGCAGCGUACGUUAAUUAAUUUUCUAGUUUAUUGUCCUGCUGGUAUGUCAUUUGUUAAGUCUGUUGAUGCUUCUGAUAUGAUAAAAACUGCCGAUACCUUGUUUAAAUUGUUUGCUGAGGUUAUUGAGUGGGUUGGGUCUAGUAACAUUGUGCAUGUGGUUACUGAUAAUGCUGCGAAUUAUGUAUCUGCUGGAAAACUCAUUCAUGAAAAGUAUCCAAAUAUUUUUUGGUCUCCUUGUGCUGCUCAUUGCAUCAAUCUUAUCUUAAAAGACAUAGCAAGUCUUCCUCACAUAGCUGACCUUGCCUCUCGUGCUUCAAAAGUGACUGUCUUUGUUUACAAUCAUAUGAUUUUCUUGUCAUGGCUUAGAAAAAGAAAAGAGUGGAAAGAAAUUGUUCAACCAGGUGUAACACGUUUUGCUACUGUUUUCAUUACUUUGAAAAGUAUAUAUGAUCAUAAACAAGACUUGCAAGCAUUGGUGAUUGACAAAUAUUUCACUUCUCAUAAAUUAUCCAAGAGUGUCAAUGGGAAGAUGUUAUUGAGGCUUGUUGAUGCUGAUGAGAAACCUUCUCUGGGUAUCGUGUAUACGGGCAUGCAAAGAGCCAAAAUUAAUAUCAAGACAAUGUUUAGAAAUAGGAAAUCUGCAUACACACCUUAUACAAUGAGGGGUUUGUUAAGAAGGCAAAUAUCUUGA